GGACCGACAGCCUGGCGUCCUGCUGCGAUUUAAGAGCCGGCCCAAAGGCGAUCCGUGCGACCGCGCCCCGAGGACCGGCCAGAGCAGCCCCAUGGCGGAGCAGUUUGUCCUGGUGAUUGGAGGCAUUAUUGGAGGGCUGCUGCUGGUGCUGCUGAUUGGGGUGAGCUGCUGUCUGUGGAGGAGGCUUUGUGCCACCUUCACCUAUGAGGAGCUGCCAGAAACACCAGCCACGGCCACCACCACUGCCUCCAGCAGUCAAGAGGACAGGCUCUGCCAGCUGCAUGCCAAAACCCAGCAAAGCAGGCCACUGGGUGUGCCGUUUGUGGUGCCCCCUUCUCUCCAAGGCCAAGACUGGGUGCCCCUGCAAAGAAGAGAUUGGUUUCAGGCCCUACAGGACCCCUGCUCAACCCCAGAGCUCCUGCCCCACACCUCCAGCAACUUUGGAGAUGCCUGUGUGGUGGGGACCAUCAAUCCAGAGCUGUACAAGUUCCCAGAGGACAAAAGUGAGACUGACUUCCCUGAUGGCUGCCUGGGCCGGCUGUGGUUCUCGGUGGAAUACCAGCAGGAGGCCGAGCGGCUACUAGUGAGCCUAAUCAAGGCACGGCAACUGCAAGUCCCCUCAGAGACUUGCAGCCCCCUGGUGAAGCUCCAUCUGCUGCCUGAUGAGCGGCGCUUCCUCCAGUCCAAGACCAAGCGCAAAACCUCCAACCCACAGUUUGAUGAGCACUUCAUCUUCCAGGUGUCCAGCAAGAGCAUCACCCAGAGGGUGCUGAGGUUCUCAGUGUACCAUGUGGACAGGCAGAGGAAGCACCAGCUCCUGGGCCAGGUGCUGUUCCCCCUGAAGAAUGAGACCCUGGAGGGAGACUGUCGCCGCAUCAUCUGGAGAGACCUGGAGGCUGAGAGCCUAGAGCCUCCAUCAGAAUUCGGUGACCUCCAGUUCUGCCUCAGCUACAAUGACUACCUGAGCCGCCUGACAGUGGUCGUGUUGCGUGCCAAGGGCCUCCAGCUCCAGGAGCACCGGGGUGUUGUCAGUGUGUUUGUCAAAGUGUCUCUGAUGAACCACAACAAGUAUGUCAAAUGCAAGAAGACUUCGGCUGUUCUGGGCUCUGUGAAUCCUGUGUACAAUGAGACCUUCAGCUUCAAGGCUGACGCUGCUGAGCUGGACACAGCCAGCCUCAGUCUGCUGGUGCUGCAGAGCGUGGAAGGAGACAAGAGCCACCCGCUGGGCCGCGUGGUGCUGGGCCCCUACAUGUACUCCCGCGGUAGAGAACUGGAGCACUGGGAAGAGAUGCUUGGCAAACCCAAGGAGCUGGUGAAGCGCUGGCAUGCGCUCUGCCGCCCCGCUGAGCCCUGA